AUGCCACAACAAAACCUUGCAGUCGAACUCGGGACUUCAGAACCCCCGCUCCAGCACUCCGAAGACCUCGAGAUGCACACUGGAACGGCCUUCUCAGAUCAAACGUCCAUAUCUCCGCCAAUCGACGGCGGCCUUGCGGCAUGGCGCCUACUACUCGCGGCUUUCGUUUUCGAAGCGCUGCUCUGGGGCUUCCCUCUUUCCUUCGGCGUGUUCCAAGACUACUACAUGCGCCUUCCGGCAUUCAAGGAUGAACCCUAUAUCUCCAUCGUUGGUACGACGGCGUCGGGAAUUUCCUAUCUUGGUGCUCCUAUAGCAGUACCAUUUAUCAGACGUUGGUCUCAAUAUCUUGCGGGGAGUUUUGCGGACAGGUUGAGUACGCUCAUAUUCACGCAAGGGGUCAUGUAUGGCAUUGGUUUCAUCAUCUUCUACUAUCCAAUUCUGUCUAUGGUGGAUGAGUUCUGGGUGCGAAGGAGGGGAAUGGCAUAUGGGCUCUUGUGUAGUGCGUCUGGGGCCUCCGGCGCUGUGACACCAUUGAUUCUUCAGGCUUUAUUACGGAGAUUCGGAUAUCGAACGACGCUAAGGGCUGUCGCCGUGGUCCUGGUCCUGCUCACUGGUCCGUUGAUUCCGCUCCUCAAGGGCCGUCCAGGACAACACAAUGCGAGCCCGAGGACAGAUUGGAGUUUCUGCAAAAAACGUUUGUUCUGGACCUACAGUAUUAGCAAUCUGCUAAUGGGAAUGGGUUUUUUCUUUCCUUCUUUAUAUUUGCCAUCUUUCGCAUCGUCGCUCGGGUUGAGUGUAUCGAAGGGUGCAUUACUUCUGGCGAUCAUGAGCGUCUCACAAGUUGCUGGGCAGUUCACGUUCGGUUACCUUUCUGACAAGAAGUUGUCGUUAAACGCACUCAUCACAGCAUCUUCAUCAGUUGCUGCUAUUGCGACGUUGAGCACAUGGGGUCUCGCGCGUUCGUUAGUACCCCUUAUUUUCUUUGCAGUUCUGUAUGGCUUCUUCGGCGCUGGAUAUACGGCUAUGUGGGCUAGGAUGGUUACUGCAGUCAGUAAGGAACCUUCUGCCUCUCAGGCGAUGUUUGGCCUGUUCUGCUUCGGGAAAGGCAUUGGAAAUAUUCUUGCAGGUCCGAUCAGCGCAGGCUUGUUGAGCGGGUCUAAUGACACUGGAGGCUACGGGAAUGGAAUGUACAAGGCAGUCGUUAUUUUUACUGGUGGUUCUCUGCUGCUCAGUGCUGGCAGCUUAGGUACCAUCUACUUCAGAGUAAAGUUUUAA